CUUCAAGGUGGCGGCGCCCACUGGCGCAAUGAGCGAUCUGGAGAGCAGCAGCAGCAGCAGCGAUGCGGAGGAGCUGGACCGGUGCCGCGAGGCGGCGAUGCCGGCCUGGGGCUUGGAGCAGCGCCCGAGGGGCCCGGAGAAGCCAAGAGUCGGUGCUGCAAAUACUCCAUUGCCAACCACCCAACCGAGCCUCAGGCACAAGGUGGAUGAGCAUGAACAAGACGGCAACGAGCUGCAGACCACCCCUGAAUUCCGAGCACACGUAGCUAAGAUGCUGGGAGCCCUGCUGGACAGCUCCAUUACCAUCUCAGAAGUAGUGAAGGAGCCAAGAAAGGCUGAGGUACCGAGAGGCGUCCUGGAGGAUGAUGGCUUCCGCCUUUUCUUCACGUCCAUCCCUGGAGGCCCUGAGAAGGAGGCUGCUCCCCAGCCCCGCCGGAAACGGUUGCCUUCCAGCUCCAGCAGCGAGGACGGCGACGAGUUGCAGCGCUGCCGGGAGGCGGCUGUGUCAGCCUCUGACAUCGUCCAGGAGUCCGCCAUCCACGGCCCUGGCAACGUGGAGAAAAAGGCAAAGAAGAAGAAAAGGAAGUGGAAAAAGAAAGCCAAGGAGGACAGCGCCAACCUCGCCCCCGCGGCCACCACCGCAAGCAAGGCCGCAUCUGGGGAGCAGGGAAGGGAGUCCGCCGGGCUCAGUGGAGACCAGGCACCGUUUGGGACCAAAAAGAAGAAAAGGAAGAAAAAGACAAAGAGGGCCAGUGAGACCUCCCCAUCCCCACCAGCAAAGAGCACAGCAGCCGUGCCUGCAAACUGA